UCAUUCAUCCUCUUCUCUCCGCUUCGGGGAAGUGACUGUGGCGGUUGGUAUCUCCAAGUUGGUGCCUAAGAAGAUGAUAAUCACACAAAUAAGUCAGUUCUACAUGAAUAGCCUUGGGCUUCUCUUCCUAAUUAAUAUUCUUCCUGGAACAACUGGCCAAGGGGAAUCAAGACGACAAGAACCUGGGGACUUUGUGAAGCAGGAUAUUGGCGGACUGUCUCCAAAGCAUGCUCCAGAUAUUCCUGAUGACAGCACCGACAACAUCACUAUUUUCACCAGAAUCUUGGAUCGUCUUCUGGAUGGCUAUGACAACCGGCUGAGACCUGGGCUUGGAGAUGCAGUGACUGAAGUUAAGACUGACAUCUAUGUGACCAGUUUUGGCCCUGUGUCAGACACUGACAUGGAGUACACCAUUGAUGUAUUUUUUCGACAGACAUGGCAUGAUGAAAGACUGAAAUUUGAUGGACCCAUGAAGAUCCUUCCACUGAAUAAUCUCCUGGCUAGUAAGAUCUGGACCCCUGAUACCUUCUUCCACAAUGGCAAGAAAUCAGUGGCCCAUAACAUGACCACACCUAACAAGCUGCUCAGACUGGUGGACAAUGGAACCCUCCUCUACACCAUGAGGUUAACAAUUCAUGCUGAAUGUCCCAUGCAUUUGGAAGAUUUUCCUAUGGAUGUACAUGCCUGCCCACUGAAGUUUGGAAGCUAUGCUUAUACAACAGCCGAAGUCGUUUAUUCUUGGACUCUUGGAAAGAACAAAUCUGUGGAAGUGGCACAGGAUGGUUCUCGAUUGAAUCAGUAUGACCUGCUGGGUCAUGUGGUUGGGACAGAAAUAAUCCGCUCUAGUACAGGAGAAUAUGUCGUCAUGACAACCCACUUCCAUCUCAAGCGAAAAAUUGGCUAUUUUGUGAUCCAGACCUACUUGCCAUGUAUCAUGACUGUCAUUCUGUCACAAGUGUCUUUCUGGCUCAACAGAGAGUCUGUCCCUGCCCGCACGGUCUUUGGUGUCACCACUGUUCUCACCAUGACCACCUUGAGUAUCAGUGCCAGAAACUCCUUACCUAAAGUGGCAUAUGCGACGGCCAUGGAUUGGUUCAUAGCCGUCUGUUAUGCCUUUGUAUUUUCUGCGCUGAUUGAAUUUGCCACUGUCAACUACUUCACAAAGCGGAGCUGGGCUUGGGAAGGCAAGAAGGUGCCAGAGGCCCUGGAGAUGAAGAAGAAAACACCAGCAGUCCCGACAAAGAAAACCAGCACCACCUUCAACAUCGUGGGGACCACCUAUCCCAUCAACCUGGCCAAGGACACUGAGUUCUCCACCAUCUCCAAGGGCGCUGCUCCUAGUGCGUCCUCAACCCCGACAAUCAUUGCUUCGCCCAAGACCACCUACGUGCAGGAUAUCCCAACUGAGACCAAGACCUACAACAGUGUCAGCAAGGUUGACAAAAUUUCCCGCAUCGUCUUUCCUGUGCUCUUUGCCAUUUUCAAUCUGGUCUAUUGGGCCACAUAUGUCAACCGGGAGUCAGCUAUCAAGGGCAUGAUCCGCAAACAGUAGAUAGUGAUGGCGCCACAACCAGAGCACUGCACACCCUAGGAAGCAUU